AUGAAGAGAGCAUGGCGCUUGCUCCUGCUCCUGGCUGUGAGCUCUGCGGAGCAAACGACCCCCGUGGGCAAGGUCGUGGAGAUGCUGCGGGGUAUGAAGGCACAAGGCGAGAAGGACAAGCAGGAUGAGGAAGUGCAAUUCGCAGCUUACAAGCAAUUCUGCGAAGUCACCGAGAGAGAAACGAAGCGUUCAAUCCAACAAGCAACCGAGAAAGUUGAGGUCCUUUCCGCGGAGAUCGAGAAGAGUGGAUCUGACGCCACCAGGCUCGGUGAGGAGAUCGCUGCUCACACUGCAGACCUGGCAGGUGCACAGGCGGAGAAGGAGGAGGCAUCCAAGAUGCGGGAAACUGAGCGGAAAGAUUUCCAGAACAUGUUCCAGGACUUGACUGAGUCCAUCGAUGCUAUCGGCAGAGCACAGAAGGAGCUGAAGUCGGGGCAAGCCAAGGGGGGCUCACUCGUUCAACUGACCGCCCUCAAGCUGCCGGUCAAGGCAAGCAGGGGCUUGAAUGCCCUACUGUCCGAGGGCUUCGAGGACAGCUUGCUGAGCGACUUACAAGUUCCCGAGUUCAAGUCCGCAGGCAUCAUCAAGAUGCUGGAGAAGCUGGAAGAUCAGUUCACCGACGAACGCUUGCAGUUGGAGAAGGAAGAGACUUCCAAGAAGCAUGCAUUCGAGCUUUUCGCGCAAAGCAUCGCAUCCAAGAUUGCUGAGGCGACGAAGGAGCAGCAACAGAAGCACACCACACAGGCUAAAAAGUUGCAAGACCAGGCAACAGCCUCCAGCGAGCUCUCAGAGGCGCAGGCUGGCCUCGACGUCGACCAGAAAUAUCUGGCAGACCUGACCACCAGCUGCCGCAAGAAGGCCGCAGACUUCGAAGAGCGCCAGAAGCUUCGCGGACAGGAGCUAGUCGCCCUCGAUGAAGCAAUACACGCCAUGUCCCAGAUCUCGGGAACCAGCCUUGUGCAGAUGCAGACAGUCAAGACCAAGAUGUCGGCCCUGGCCCAGUUGCGGAGCGAUGCGACAGGCCCAGCCCAGGCUCAAGUCGCUCGAUUCCUGCAGAGGGAGGCAACGAGCCUGAACAGCCGACUUCUUUCGGCGCUGGCAGAGCGUGCGCGUGCAGAUCCAAUGAUGAAGGUCAAGCAGAUGAUCGAGCAGCUGAUUGUGCGGCUCAAGGACCAGGCCAAGGAGGAGACAACCAAGAAGGCCUGGUGCGAUGCUGAACUGUCAACAAACAAAGCCACACGCGAGGAGAAGUCCGAUGCUGUAAGCAGUUUGCAGGCGGAGAUUGACGAGUUGCAGGCGCACAUCAGUCAGCUGGGAGAGGAGAUCACCAGCCUGUCUGGUGAGCUGACAGAGCUGAGCACUGCAAUGUCGGAGGCAACCAAUCUGCGACAGAAGGAGGAGGCAAAAAACAAGGCAACUGUGAAAGAAGCAAAAGAGGGCCAGGAUGCAGUGGCCAAGGCGGUUCUGGUGCUGCAGGACUUCUACAGCAAGGCCAGUCAACCAGGAGAGGCUUUGCUGCAGCGUUCCGACUUGCGCGGAGCCCCUCCCAUCUUCAGUGACGAGCCCUAUGCAGGCAUGCAGAAGGCCAAGGGUGGGGUGUUGGCAAUGCUGGAGGUGAUCGAAUCAGACUUCUCUCGGUUGGAGGCAGAGGCCACUGCCAGCGAGGCAGCUGCCAAAAAAGAUUUUGAGAGUUUCUUGGAGGAGUCCAAGAUCACCAAGGCUGAAAAGUCAAAGGAGGUGGAACACAAGACUUCCUCCAAACAAGAGAGGAAGUCAGAGCUCAUCACCUUGCAGGCCGACCUGCAGGGCACAGAGAAGGAGCUAGAAGCUGCUGCGGUUUACUACGAGAAGCUAAAGCCCGACUGCUUGGAUGCAGGUGUGUCGUACCAGGAGAGGAAAGCACGCAGAGAGCAAGAGAUGAAAGAUCUGAAGGAGGCCCUCGACAUGCUGGACACCGCUUAA